AUGGAAAGCCAGAACCUUCUCAUCAAGAACGGAAUUAUUGCAGAAUGCAAAUCUGUUCCGUACUCAGCUCAUGAUCUACUUCAAAUGAUGAGAGGAGCCUACACAACUGCAAGAAGUACCCUCAAUGGAAAGGCAGUAUUCGAGUUUGCUUUUCAUAUUCAUAGAUUAAUUUACACCUCUUUGAAAAUGUUGCAACAUUUUAAAUCCAAUUUGAAUGCCAAUACUGAUGAGUUUGCACAGGAGGAAGGUCACUAUCCAUUGAAAGACUUAUUCCAACUCGAAUCAUUCACACAAACCAUUAGAGAAAUGACCAAGGCAGGAAUUGAAAAAUUGAAGGAUUUCUACCAAUUCAAAGAUGAAAAUUUGGAAUUCAAAAUCACAUUGGUGAUUGUUUUUCCAAAUAGAUACUCAUAUCCUGAAAGUAUUAAUCGUGAAUCCAUUCAAGAUUCGUCAUCGAAAUAUAAUAUUUAUCUUCACUUGUGUCCAAUGCCAAAUACUCCAAAAACCAUUCAUGUAGAUGUUCAUCCAGGAAGUAGAUUUCAUUGGGGAAAUGUCAAGGAUACUUAUUGGGCAAUUGAAAGAAGUCAAUUAGGUCAUAAGAAGCUUAAAACUUCGAAUGAAGUUAUCAUGUGUGAAGAAGAUGGCUCUCUGAGAGAGGGAAUUUCAUCAAACUUUUUUGCCAUUCUCAAAUCAAAUGGAAAAACACAAACAGCUAAUGAAGGAGUUUUAAUUGGUUCUACUAGAGCUGCAGUAAUUCCUGGUCCAGUAGAGGAUUCUCUAGAUUUGAAAUUGGAAACUGAUAUGAACACUCUCCUCAAUCAAGAUCAAUACGAAAUUACAGCUCCUAACUUGGCAAAUUUAUUGGAAUUUGAGGAAGUUUUCAUUACCAGCACUACUCGUCUUCUCCUUCCAAUCAAACAAAUGAAUAUUGCCAAAGAAUGUAUCCACUCAAUUCUUCCAAAAGAAAAGGCAGAACUCUUGCUCAACUCUGGAAAGUUACAAGAAACUGAUUCGUACUAUGUAUGUCAAUUUUCAACAGUUAGAGGAGAAGAACUAUCUCAACAAUUAAUAUCCACAUUGGUCUCAAAGAGCACCAUUCUUUCUGAAUAA